AUGGUCCAACAUUUUGUCAGGAAGAUGCAAUCUGAAUUUGAAAUGAGUCUUGUUGGUGACUUAACUUACUUUCUUGGUCUCCAAAUCAAACAAAUGGAUGACACUAUCUUUAUCUCUCAAAGCAAGUAUGCUAAUAGUAAGGUAAAGAAGUUUGGCAUAGAAAAUGUUAGUCAUAAAGGGACACCUGCACCAACCCACUUGAAGUUGACUAAAGAUGAAAAAGGUGUAAAUAUGGAUCAAAGUCUGUACAAGAGUAUGAUUGGUAGUUUACUGUAUCUUACAGCUAGUAGACCUGACAUUACAUUUGCUGUAGAAGUGUGUGGAAGGUGUCAGUCUAAACCCAAAAUAAGAUAUUGUGAUGCAGAUUGGGAAGACAAUGCUUAUGAUAGAAAGAGCACUUAUGGAGGAUGUUUCUUCUUGGGAAAUAGUUUAAUAUCUUGGAAGCAUGAUAUAUUGCAGCAGGAAGAAAUAUAUGGUUCAGUAAGGCUGAAUAUAUUGCAGCAAAAAGCAGUUGCUCUCAAUUAA